AUGACACCUGCUGAGCUCUGCAUCUUCUUCUCCGUGUACCCACUCUGCGUUAUGCUCAGUAGCCCACUCGCAGCGUCGGUAAGCCGCACAGUAGGACGACAGACGCUCAUCUGUCUUGGGCUCAUGCUCAGCGGUUGCAGCACCAUCGCCAUCGGAUACGCCACCGGGACGCCUUCGGCGUUUCUGCUGCGGAUCUUGCAAGGGCUCGGCUCAGGCGCUGCGGUGGUGGGCUCAUUCUCCAUGAUAUCGGAAGAGUUUUCUUCCCAUGUCGGACAGGUUCUAGCGAUCCAGGAGUUCAUUGUCGCAGCAGCCUUCGUCAAUUCACCACCGCUUGGAAGCUACCUCUAUGAGACCCAGGGAUACGAAAUGCCAUUCCUGGUGUCAGGUGUAGCGCAGAUUGUGGUCGUGAUCAUCGUCCCUUUUGUCUUCAUCGAAUACUCACUCCCGGAAGGCAUCUACGCUGCGGCAAGGACGCGAUCCGCUUCAGGAUCUAGUAUUGCACGAUACAAGGACGUUUUGACACCCACUUGCAUGAUCUGCCUCGCCGUAACCACCUUUGCGAUGUCUUCGUUUGGGUUCAUUGACCCGUAUUUGGGCACACAUCUGCACAAGGUUUUGGGCGCAGAGCACGUGGCUGUUGGCCUGGGGUUCGCUCUGAGCGCAUUUGUCUAUUUUCUGGGCGGCCUUGUGUAUGCGUGGCUCAGUCGGAAUUUCGGCUCUAAGCAGGUCAUUUUGAUGGGCUUGUUGAUGCUCGCCGUUGGUUUUUUCUUCCUCGGCCCCCCGCCAUUCCUGAGCGGCCUCUUUCGGAACACAGAGAGCUUGUGGUUGGCCCAGUUUGCGUCACUGGUGCUGAUAGGCUGUGGCACGGCACUGUCAGUCGCUCCAGGGCUACCACUGACGCUCGCAAGUGUGCAAGACAAGGGGGUACACGGCUCAAACCUCGUGAUCGGCCUGUUCUCCGCCGCCAUUUACCUCGGCCAGGCGAUUGGACCUUUCAUGGCGUAUGUGCUCAUGCAGAUCCUGCCGCUCACACGCUUGCUCAACUGCACCAUCGUAAAGGACGACCCAGUGAGCACCAUUGCCACUUGCGAUUCUUCUCUACCCUGGGCUUUCGCUGUGUAUUCGGUGCUGACGCUUGGACUGCUCGCCUUCGUGAUCGCGCGAUUGCCCACGAGCGAGGCCACCGCCGAGUUGCUGCGACAGAAGAGGAAACGAGUACCGCUCAUGCGGCAGCCGUCCGAGUACGGCCAAUUCGUGUGCUUCGACGAUGACGAAAACGUUGCAGACGGCGUCGACUUCUAG